UUGGCAUCGAUGUUUCCCCACCUCUACUCUAAACACGGCUCUUCCUGCUAAAUUUGUGAAGAAAAAUAGCCUUUAUUUGUUCCUCGCAAUCGCCGCAUCCGAAUCCCUGGGUCGUGGAAAAUGGCGGAUGAAGCGGGCAGCCAAUCUGAUGGCCAGCGGCAGUUUAUUUGCGGCGUGAUCGAGGGAUUCUACGGCCGGCCGUGGACCACCGAGCAGCGCAAGGACUUGUUUCGGAAGCUUAAAUCCAUGGGCCUGAGCAGUCCGUCCUACAUGUAUGCGCCGAAGGAUGACUACAAGCACCGGGCAUACUGGCGGGAGCUGUAUACUGUGGAGGAAGCGGAUCACCUGUCCAGUCUAAUUGCGGCGGCCAAGGAGGCGGGUAUUAACUUCUACUAUGCCCUUUCGCCAGGGCUGGACAUGACCUACAGCAGUCCUAAGGAGAUCGCCACGCUGAAGCGAAAGCUGGAUCAGGUCUCGCAGUUCGGCUGCGAGGCCUACGCCCUGUUAUUCGACGACAUCGAAUCGGAGCUGUCGAAGGCGGACAAGGAGGUCUUCCAGACGUUUGCCAACGCCCACGUGUCUGUCACCAACGAGAUAUACACGCACCUGGGCAGGCCCAAGUUCCUCUUCUGCCCCACACAAUACUGUGCUUCGCGGGCCGUGCCCACGGUGCUGGAGUCGGAGUACCUUAACACUCUGGGCUCCAAGCUCAACAACGAUAUUGACAUCCUCUGGACUGGCGACAAGGUCAUCUCCAAAACCAUAUCCAUUGAGUCGAUCCAGGAGAUUACCGAAGUGCUGCGUCGUCCGCCAUGUAUCUGGGACAAUCUGCAUGCCAACGAUUACGACCAGAAGCGCGUUUUCCUCGGACCCUACAGUGGUCGGUCGCCGGAGCUGAUCCCCCACUUGCGGGGCGUGAUGACCAAUCCUAACUGCGAGUUCUACGGCAACUUUGUUGCCAUCCACUCGCUGGCCUUCUGGUCGCGCUGUAGCUUGGACUCCAAGGUGAACAGCUCGCUGAGCGCGGACAUUAAACUGGAGACUGAAAACGAGGAUGAGCUUCCGGCCGAGUUCCUCUCUAAGAACGUUUACCACCCGCGAGUGGCUCUUAAGAAUGCUAUUGCGGACUGGCUGCCGGAAUUUUCCAUGGAGAAGGAGGCCUGGGGACCAAUCACCAAACCCCAGCCCCAAGUGCAAAUGGUUAUGCCCAUUAUUCCCAUAAUACCCUCCAUCAACACCUGCAUGAGUCUCACCACCACCACAACCACUUCGACGAAUUCGAGGACGGUUCCGGAGGUCAACACCACUCAACUGCAAGCCCUUGCUGAUGUCUGCGUUGUUAGCUCCACCCUGGCACCCAUCUCCAAUCCAGUGAUGAAUUCCCUCGUGUCGCCCACAAAGGUGAUCACAAACGACGAUAUCAUCAACCCCAUCCCGACCACAGCUGCCAGCAACAUUGAACUUCCCAAGAAGAUUCCCAUCUCCGUUGUCCCAGUUGCCAUCAUGGAGGCGAAAAGUGUGGACGCAUCCGUGGAUCUGGGUCUGGACAAUGCAGUUUUCGAUGACAAUGCAUUAAAACCGAAAACCGAAUCGGCACAGGAGCGGCUUGAACUGGAGGUGGACGAUUUAGAGGAAAAGCAAGAGCCGGUGGCCAGUCUAAGUGUGGAUACAAUGGUGGACGACGCCAGUCUGAGUCCACUGAGUGCCGGAGUCAAUGAGCCCAUGGAGUGCAGCAGUAGCAUAGCCUCUCAGGUCUCUCCGCGGGAGGAGGAGGCAAUCAAACUGGUGGCAGACGACGUACUCAUGGAGUCUGUCAACGAUGUGCAUAGUAUGCAUGUGGAGAGUGGCACUUCGUCGCCAAUCUCAAAUGCGGAAAUGCGUGAGGAGAACGAAGCUCAGUCUGUUAGGACCAUCGACAAUAAUACGUCCACAGGCGGAUACAAGUCAAAGAUAACUGUUGAGGAUUUGGGUCUGCUCUGCGAUCUCUUCUACCUUCCCUUCGAGCACGGCAGCCGUGGCCACAAACUGCUGGUCGAAUUCAACUGGCUGAAGGGCAACGCAAAUGUGAUACUGCAGGACCGUUCUGCCGGUGGGGUAAGCGAUGACGUCAAAACCGCCAAGCCAGAGGUUACCGAAUGGCACCAGCGUUGCGAACAGUUCGACGUACUUUGCACCGGCGUCGUCGAGCUGUUGAUCAAAAUCGCUCACUGCCAGAACAAGGAGAUCUGCCACGAGCUAUACUCGUAUGUGUGGGAUAUAUCCGGCGCUCUGUCCCUUCUCAAUUGCUACGUCAAGUGGCUAGCUCUUGGUCACUUUCCGCAUAACACGUCUUCUUACACGGAGGGCAGCUAUACUUGGUUUAGCAAGGGCUGGAAAGAGGCCUUCAUGUCCGGUGACCAGGAACCGUGGGUCUUCAGGGGCGGCCUCAUUGCGGACCUGCAGCGCCUGAUGCCGGUGGACUCGGGCAAUGACCUGUUUGUGUACAAGCUUCCGGAACAACCCACGGCCAAUUACUAUCUCCUGAGGCCCUACUCCCAUGCGGACGAGCAGAACGUCAACGAGGUGUGCACCCGCUUGUAUUUGCAGUGGCAGGAAGAGUCGGACGGAGGCGUCCACAUCCCCUUCCCGCUGCCGGCGAAUGUGGCCGGCAUCGUAGCUGAUGGACUGAUAGGAGGACAUCUUAUCCUCAGCCCGCAGCUAUGCAUUGUGGCUUACGAUGAGAACAACAGCGUUAUAGGCUAUGCUUGCGCGGCCUUGGAUGUCAACAUAUUCCGACGCAACUUGGAGCUUUGCUGGUUUACGGAGCUGCGCGAGAAAUACCCCAAGGAUCUGUGUCCGCAUGGUGGGGACGAAGUGGUAGGACGGCUUGUCACACGCUUUGUGGAAAAGUUUCAUUGCUCAAGCUCCAACGUGCCUCUGGAGGACUGUCCCGUGGAGGUGAGCGGCUCCUUUCCGGCCGUCCUGAUCUCCGGAACUCUGCGGGAGGCCGAGCAGCGGGACUCGGGCAUAACCAAGCGGAUGCUCACCGUGCUCCUGGCCGCCCUGCGAGCGAAUGGUUGCUUUGGGGCUCACGUAUGUGUCCCCGAGCAGGACGUCGGUCAAGUGAACUUCUAUUCCAGAAUCGGUUUCGUCGAAGUCUACCGCGAGGAGGCCACCAAGUGCAUAUACAUGGGUCGCCGCUUCUAGCGUUGUUGUUUCCGGAUGCCAGCUUCACUGCCUCCACUUUUAAUGUUCCUUCAUCAUUGGUAUUCCGGCUAGCUGCGCUAGCCAUUUCAAUCUCGUCCUCGUCCCUUUUGUAUUGUCUUAAGGUAACAAGUUUGUAUUACUGACCAACCUUUCUAGCAUUUAUCUUUAGCACCGUUUUCUUUUAGCGUGGAAAACAAUAAAAAUACCAAUUUAAUAA